ACGAGUCCUGUUUUUUGGACAAGCAUAUAAUUGUUCUGAACAAAGUUGAUCUUGCAGAUCGCUUGCUGACAGAAUGGAUGAAGCAUUUCAGAGAGAAGAACUAUAUUUGUUAUGGAGUCAAUUCACACAACAAAGACAGCAUUAAAGGGUUAUUGACCCUCGUAAGAAAUAGGAUCAGAGAACUGAAAGGUUGUGAGGCUAACUAUACCACGACUGUGUUGUUGACUGGGAUUACGAAUGUCGGCAAAUCAGCCAUUGCAAAUUCUAUGCAUCAAGUUGGUAGGAUAACUGCAACAGAGAAGGGAAAAUUGAAGCAUGCGAUAGUAAGCCCGCAUCCUGGGGAGACUAAAGAUAUUAUUAGCUACAAGAUUGCCAGCCAUCCCAACAUCUAUAUAUUGGACAGCCCGGGGGUUCUUUACCCUGAAGUUACCGAUGAUGAUUAUGGUUCCAAACUGGCCUUGACAGGAGCUAUUAAGGAUUCAUUGCUAGACGAAAUUAAGGUUGCCCAAUAUUUCCUACUCAUUCUUAGCUCAUCAGAGCAAUAUAAAUUCUGGGAGAAGUUGACUGCUUUAGUACAUGGAAGUACAUUAGCUGAGAGUAAAGAGAAGUGCUUAGCUGAUUCUGAUACUGACUACAGAAGAAGAACUCAAUAUUCUUCAGAUCAUACUAAGGAUUUCAUUGUGAGAGAUGUUCGUCGAACACUCUUCAAAACCAUCUCAUCAUUCGAGGGCAAUAUGCAAAAUGAAACUGAUGUUGAGAGGCUGAUUGAAUCUCAGUUUACAGCAUUGCAUGAGGCUUUUAGAUUGCGACUGUCUGGUGAGGAUUCAUGUAGUGUUGUAGCUUCAAAAUUGCUCAACUUGUAUAGAACUGGAAGGCUCGGGCGAUAUACCUUGGAUCUUCCAAGAAAUGUUCAGUGACUACCUAAAAUGUCUAAGAGACUCAGUAUGAUAAUUUUGAAUUUACAGAA